AUGCGGACCUGCCUUGAAGCCGCUGCUGCUGCGGAGAAACGUCAAUUAUCGAUCGCUGCCACCAGUAGCGGAGAAAAACCUCCAUCACCGGGAGAUAUCGAAAACCUGCGCGAGUCAAUGGUGGAACCAUCGCCAUCGCGGCCAACGUCAGCGCAACUGAAUUCCGUGAGUUCUGCGUCUUUUGUGCAGUCAACACCCGCAGAUCCAGUUCUUUUAAUUUUGAAAGAAGAUAUGUUGAAAUCAAUUACUGUUGAGACGCAGUCUACUCCUUCACAUAAGGAAGGAAUAUCUUCCUCAAAUAUCUCUACUAACAGCUCUCCUAAAAAAUUAAAUCCCGUUGCUCCAGAAUUCACCUAUUCCCAUCAGUCAAAAAUCCCACUUUUACAAGUUUUACUUUCUAUUUCAGCCCCACAUCAAUUCUUAUCCAAAGAUGAUACCGAGCGACAACCACCUUAUCCAAGCAUCAAAAAUCAAAAUGGAGUUGGAACUGGUUUGAUACACUUAAACGGGUUCCACAACCCUCUUACUACUCCUGGCGGCCCUUUACCAGAAGAGAACGUGUUCAACCAUUUGGCUGUUGUUGAACAAGUCCCCGGCGGACCCAGAAUUGCAGCCGCUGAUGGCCACGUGCCACAGCCACCAUCACUAGCGCUGGCGGCUCCUCUUGCUGUUCAGGCAGGGGAAAACCCUCCGCCUCCUGAAGCAAACGCGGGCGGUGUUAGAGCACCCGAUGGAAAUGGCAGCUUCCGUCGACGGCCUUGUCGCUCUAGUACACCUUGA